GCCAUCUCUAGCGAAGAGGCGUAAACACAUUUUUUGUAAAAAAACGGGUAUUUGGUGAUAAUUCUUUGUAAUGGAACUAGCAGACGUAUCUCCAGAAGAUGAGGAUGUGUUUCACUUUGAGACCGAGCACCUGGCCCUGCGUGGCAACCAGUGCUAUACCAAUUUGCUGCGCACCUUGGCCGUGCUGCAGGCACAAAGGAUUCGGGUGCAUCAGCAGAUUGAUGAAUUGGAAGCCACGCAAAAGAUCUACUUGGAGAAUCCGCAACAUAUGCUGGACAAACUGCGAAAUAACGAGCCCUUGAUAGCGGAUAACUACAUCACCACGACCGUUCUACCGGACUUGCCAACUCUGUCACCCAAUGACGAGGACAGGGGCACAAAUGAGACACCGACGGAUGCGUCUUCAUGGACGCAAGAGGCGAACAAGAAUCGGGACAGGAGCAAUGGACGGUCGGAGAACUUCAAUCGCCUGUGGACCAACGAAGAGCAGAGUCGCUUGGAGCAGCUGCUCAUCCAGUAUCCGCCAGAGGAAGUGGAAAUGCGCAGAUUCGGGAAGAUAGCGAAGGCCUUGGGCAACAGAACUGCACAGCAAGUGUAUAGCCGUGUCCAGAAGUAUUUCCAGAAGCUGCACGAUGCUGGGAUGCCUGUGCCCGGUCGCAUACCCAAGCAUCGACGUCCGGGAUUGAGUAAGCCGAAGAUCAAACUUCGCAAGUCAACCUUCUUCCCCGCUCAUAAUAUAUCGCUACAAAUGCCAGAGGACGAUUUCACAUUUGAUGACCUGCGAGUCCCGUCGCCUGCGAGCGAUAUGCUCCUUAUGCCGGCAUCUUCCCAAGUCAAGAUCGAACCAAAGACCGAAUCCGAAUGCAUGGAUGCCGAUCUAAAUACGGAGGCAAAGCGAAAACAGGAACUAUGCCUUAAGCUUCUAUCAGCCAUUCAGGACGAGAAACGGGAGAUGGAGGACGGAUAUGAGCCAGACUUGCUGGCCGCCAAGUGUGCCGAGUGCGAAGAGGCAUCUGUGACCAGGACCCAAUGGCGUUGUAACAGUUGUUAUUGUCACCUUAAUCUGUGCGGAGAUUGCCUGGCCAGUCAGUUAAUCGAAGGGCGCUUCGAGCAUUUAAGUCAUGAAGUUGUAGAGGACCAAGAAUCAUGACGCUCCUUCAAAUUAAAUAUAAAGAGAAUACUUUUUAAAAA